GGUGGGGGGGUCAGCGGGGGAGGGACUGUUGAAGACAGGUCUCCACACACAGCUCUAGCAGCCACAUUUGCAGCCUCGGCCAUCUGUCCAGAACCUGCUCCCACCUCAGGCCCAGGCCGACGGUGCACUGCUGCAAUGGGCUCUGAGCUGGAGACAGCGAUGGAGACCCUCAUCAACGUGUUCCACGCCCACUCGGGCAAAGAGGGGGACAAAUACAAGCUGAGCAAGAAGGAGCUGAAAGAGCUGCUGCAGACGGAGCUCUCUGGCUUCCUGGAUGCCCAGAAGGAUGUGGAUGCUGUGGACAAGGUGAUGAAGGAGCUAGACGAGAACGGAGACGGGGAGGUGGACUUCCAGGAGUAUGUGGUGCUUGUGGCCGCUCUCACAGUGGCCUGUAACAACUUCUUCUGGGAGAACAGUUGAGCAGACAGCCACAUCGGGCAGCGCCCUUCCACUCCACCCUCCCAGAUCUGCCUCUUGCCCCUGCUUCCACCUCAUCCCACUUAUCCCUCUCCAUAACCCCACCCCUGCCCACCCCACCCACACAUACACCAAGGGCGCAAGAGUAGCGGUCCAAGCCUGCAACUCAUCUUUCAUUAAAGGCUUCUCUCUCGCCAGCCA